UCUCACCGCCACCACAUUUACAAGCUUCUUCUCCAGAUUUAGGGUUUCUCUUUCGUUUCGGCUCGGUUCCAGAAGCUAGAUCGCAAAAGCUUCAAGAUGCCGUCGCACAAGACGUUCAUGAUCAAGAAGAAGCUUGGGAAGAAGAUGAGGCAAAACAGGCCUAUCCCUCACUGGAUUCGUCUCCGUACCGACAACACCAUCAGGUACAAUGCUAAGCGUAGGCAUUGGCGCAGAACCAAGCUUGGAUUCUAAGUGGGUACUGUUGCUUAUUGUGAAAGCUUUGAUCUUUUCUAUAAAGACUUGGUUUUUUUUUCUUUCAGUUUUGAUUGUGUGACAGUAUUACAUUGUUCACAUUUGUGUAAGACUUUCUUUAAAUCAUUUUAUGUUUCCGAAUCAUUGGUUUAAAGAGUACUCGUUGUAGUAACAUUGUGGUUUUCACUAGUUUGAAGAUUUGGAAAUGACUUUUUUGUUAUCUUGUUUUA